AUGUUAUCUUUAAAAGAACGACUGGAUAAAUUAAUCCAAGCAACUGAUUUAGAUGCUUUAAGUUGUAGAAAUAGUAUAAAUUUAAAAUCAUAUUUAAUACCAAAUGAUGAUUAUAUAAUUGAUUUAAUUAAUUCUUAUCAUUUAUAUUUGCAAUUUUGUACUGGUUAUUCAUCAAUUUCUUCUUCAAGAACUUUAAAAUCAAUUUUUAAAUCAAAUAAAUUACCUAUAAUUAAUCGUGGUUCAUAUUUACGUACUAGAGCAAUUGAUCAAGUUAUUGAAAAAUUUAUUAAUGUAUAUAAUCAAAAUUGUCAAAUUAUUUCAUUGGGUAGUGGAUCAGAUACUAGAGCUUUUAAGUUUUUAACAAAAUAUCCGAAUAUUUUAUAUCAUGAGAUUGAUUUUCCUGAAUCGGUAAAGAUUAAAAAACUAGCUAUACUUAAAAAUGUUAAACUACGAAAUAUAAUUGACUAUCAACAAGAAGAACUGCCCAAUAUUUCAUCAAAGGAAGAUUUUCAAAAUUUCCCUUCCAAUUUGGCAACUAAUAAUUAUAAUUUACACGGAAUAGAUUUACGUACGUUAAAUUCGUCAUCAAAAAUUUCAAAUUUCAAUUCCAAUCUACCUACUUUGAUAAUUAGUGAAUGUGUAUUAUGUUAUCUAUCUCCAGAAGAUUAUGUUAAAAAUAUAACAUUUUGGGAGCAUUUGAAUAAUGAACUUACAUGUUUUCUAAUUUAUGAGCCAAUGUCAUUGAAUGAUAGAUUUGGAGAAACAAUGACUCGAAAUUUACUUGAUAGAGGUUUAAACUUGAAAUUAUUUAACAAAUAUCCAAAUUUAGAAACUCGAAAGGAUUUUUUACGCAACAAUUGUCAGCUAACCAAUUUAAAAUUGACAUCUUUAAGUAAUAUCGGGGGUUAUGAUGAUGUGCAUAAACAAGAAACAUCUUGGAUAGAUAUCAAAGAAAUGAAAAGAGUCAAUUCUUUAGAAUUUAUAGAUGAAAUUGAAGAAAUUAGAUUAUUAUUGAAGCAUUAUUGUAUUUGUUAUGGUGAAUUUAAGAAAUUUUCAGAGAUAAAAAGUUUCCAUGGAAUUAAUGAUUGGGAUUGGGAUAUAAUCGAUGAUAAUUAA